AUGGAAAUAUCUCAAGAUGUAAUUACGGGUAUGUACCAAUCUUCAGAUACUUUUUGGUCUCGAGUGUGGAGCAAAUACAACAAAGAAAAAAAUAAUGGUUGGGAGGAGCGUAUCCAACGCUCGGUUCAAGCUCAAAUUCAAACUAUUGAAGAAGCAGUUCGAAAAUUGAAUGGGUCCAUCAAACAAAUUGAGAAUAUGAAUCCAAGUGGAGCAUCAAAUGAAGAUAUUUUGCAGCGAGCGAAAAUGCUAUUAACACAAGACCCGCUAUUUAUAAAAGGUUUCAAAUUUGAUCAUGUGUGGCACAUUAUAAAAGAUUUUGAAAAAUUUAAGGAUAACAACAAUAGUCCAAGACAAGUUCAUCGAUUACCACGUUUCAACAAUAUUUCAUCAGAGUCCGAAUAUUCUCCUUCCGAAUCUCAAAUACCGAAAUCUCCCGAGGAGUCACCAUUUUCUGAUAAUUUAGAAGAUCAUAAUAUUGGUGGUUCUUCACGGCCCAUUGGAGUCAAAAAAGCUAAAUUGAAGAGAAAAAUAGCCGAGCAAUUUUCUACUAUUGUUAGCAUUAAAGAACAAAAUGAUAAGGUUAUAGAGUUGCUUGAAAAGUCCGGUUCGGAUAGGCAAGAACAAAUGAAGAUGCAAAACGAGCAAUUUCUCUUUCGCAAAGAGAAAGAAGAAAACAAAAUAUUAUUCAUAGACUUGAAUACUAUUUCUAAUCCGAGAAUUCGGGCCAUUACUCAAGCUGAACAAGAGAAAAUAAUUCAAAAAAAAAGAGCAGCAACAAAUGACAUCGCAACAAGAUAG